AUGUAUCGGGCCUCCCUGCGGUCUGUCUCAGACCCUCUGCGCGGCCAUGUCUGUAUAUCGUGUUUAGCUCGCGGCUUCGGGGCCCAGCCGCGGGCUCGCCGCUUCCACACCUCGCCCUGGUUACGCUCCCAGGCUACCGAAUCCGCUCCUCUGCCUAUUGAGGAGCAGUUAAAGGCGCUGGAGAAACAUCUUCCCGAUAGGAACACAACAGCGAAAUCGAAGAAAGAACCUCCGGCCCAGGAGCCCAAGAAGGCCGUUCAAAAGGCUGCCAAGCAAGGGGCCUCGCGACCGCGGAAAGAGGCCUCCGCUAAGCAGGAAGCCAACGACAAGAUUCCCCGAGAGCCGACCCAGACAAAAAACAAGAAGCCUCGCGGGCAGCAGUCGCCUACACCUCCUCCUUUGUCUAAUCAAGCAAGACAGGUCAUGGCUAACCACCGUUCUCAAAACGCACAGUUACUUGUCUGGAUCACCAAGAAGGACACCGGCAAAAUCAAUGCGAAUCGUCAUUCUCUCAAAGCCCUGAAUGUUGAGACGCCCGAAGUCCCGCGGCUGUCCUUCGGCUUGGACCGAGUCCUGUUCAACCCGGGUGUCUAUCAUCUUCGUGACCCUCGAUCCCGUGUCUACAAUUUCGACCCAUACCUCGGCUCCAUCAUGCCCGUCACGGAGUUUGACUUUGAAUCGUUGAAGGAAUACAUCACCUCCUCCAAGGAUGACCUGCUACGAGGUCUGGCGCGGAAAGAAAAGAAAAAGUAUAUCGGCUCCUCGUCGAGUAUGACCUCGGUUCUGUCGCACUUCCACUAUCUCCUGUCGAACUGGAGAGAGGUCAAUACCACAGUGAUGUCUCGUGGUUUUCAGGACAGGCUGCGGACAUUUACGCGGCUUCUGCGGGCCCCCGCGGCCAUGUUCCUGCGUUACCAGGAUGGUGUCUAUGCCAUCGAUGCCGAUAAGGAACACGACUCGGCCAACAUCCUCAUGAACCUGGGCAAAUCGAUGGAGAAGCUGUUGACCCUGCCCAAGGAAGACUUCGAGCGCUACCGACGAUCCAGCGCCAACAAGAUCUCCGCUGAGGAGGAGCAGGCAGUACCCGAGGCGUAUCACUACUCGACUUACGGGGAUUUCCUGAUGCGCUCACAGCUGGAUGCGUAUGAUCCGCGGCUCCCUGGCACCGGCAUGUUCGACCUGAAAACCAGGGCGGUGGCGUCAAUCCGCAUGGAUGCUAAGAACUUCGAACAUGGUCUGGGCUACGAGAUCCGGAAGGCCCAAGGGACCUAUGAGUCUUACGAGCGCGAGUACUACGACAUGAUCCGGGCCGCUCUCCUCAAGUACUCGCUCCAAGUGCGAAUCGGUCGCAUGGACGGUAUCUUCGUGGCUUUCCACAACAUCGAGCGCAUCUUCGGCUUCCAGUACAUCAGUCUGCCCGAACUGGAUACGGCUUUGCACGGACAGUACGACACGGCACUGGGAGACCGAGAGUUCCUCUUGAGUCUGCAGCUCUGGAACAAGCUCCUCGACAAGAUGACGGCCCACUUCCCGAAACAAUCGCUCCGGAUCCACUUCGAGACCCGCGAUAGCGCGGAGGGCACGCACUACAUGUACAUCUAUGCGGAGCCCGUCACGGAGGACGAGAUCCACGCCAUUCAGACCAAGAACCAGGCCGAGAUCGAUGCCUACCAGCGCCGCGUGCUGGACCUGCCCUCCUACGCCAACGAAGACAACGACCUGAACGACGCGGAAGGCAUCCCUGCCGAAUUUGACAGUCCAAGCCCAGCUGCGGAAGCGGCCGCUGAAGCGACUACUCCCGAGACCGGAGACGAAACGCCCCCCAAAGAGAUCCUGGGCUUCGCCCUCACAAUCCGGAACAUCGUUGACGGCGAACACGUGGAGCGGCCCAUCCAGUUCCAAGAGUCCAAUAAAUGGACCGUGGACUACGAGUUAAACCACCUGAACCAAAAGAAGGCCUGGGAACUGUACAAACUCUGCCAGCGCCGCCGGAAGGUUGCUCUCACCGGCCGCGGCGAGGACGAGCUUGAAGACACCACCAACGUCUACAUCCGCCGUCUCCGCGCCCUCGCCAAGAAGGGCCGGAAGUACCGCAUGGAACAGGACAAGCUAGACGAAAACUCCGAGCCGGUAGUCCUGCGCGAGUAG